GAGAGAGAAGGAUUCCAUACUCUGAAACAGUAAAGAUGGCUAAGUUCAUGAAGUCUGGCAAAGUUGCCAUUGUUGUCCGUGGUCGUUAUGCCGGUAAGAAGGUUGUGAUUGUCAAGUCCCACGAUGAAGGUUCCAAGGCUCACCAAUUUCCACACGCCCUUGUUGCUGGUGUCGAGAGAUACCCAACCAAGGUUGGUAAAUCUGCUGGUGCCAAGAAGGCUGCUAAGAGAUCAAAGGUCAAGCCAUUCAUCAAGGCUGUGAACUUCAACCACUUGUUGCCAACUCGUUACACCGUCGAGAUUGAAGACUUCAAGGCUGCCGUCUCUACCGAGACCUUCGAGGAGCCAACCAAGAGAGAGGAGGCCAAGAAGCUCAUCAAGAAGGCAUUCGAGGACAGAUACCAAUCUGGUAAGAACAAAUGGUUCUUCACCAAGUUGAACUUUUAAAUUAAAAGCGUCUUUUGAGAAUUGCAUAUUGGAGUCUUGAAAAGAGCACUCCGAUUUUAGAGAAACAAAAACUAUUUAAAAUCACUGUUCGAUGAACUUAUCAAUCUAUAG